AUGCCAGAGCACCUGUGGUGCAGGAUUCUGCUCCUGCUCCUGCUCCUGCUCCUGGUAAGGCCGGGAAUCAGGGCCCAGAAGACCGAGCCUAGCACAGGUCUAUUCCGUGGGUCGGACCAGUACGACUUUGCCAUCCUCUUGCCUGGCUCUGGGUACCAGUGCUUCUGGCAUUUUACCCACCAGAGCGGGCGCUUCUACCUAACAUACAUGGUGCAGUGGGUGAGCGGCAUGUCUGCAGACAGACGCUUACAUGUGACCGUCCUCUCCCCAGACGGCCUGCUGGUGGCCUCCUUAGAUGAACCAUCUGGCCAGAUCAACUUCCAGACUCAGGAGACAGGUUUCUACCAAAUGUGUCUUGGGAACUUUGUUAACAAAUAUGGAAAUAUGCAAGUGUAUCUGGACUUUGGAGUGUACUAUGAAGGCAUGGGGGAUCUAGAGAGAGAGGAUGAGCGGGAGAAAUAUGAAGAACAGUUGAAUAGUACCAUCUCUAGCAUUCAGAUGAGUGCGAGCAAGCUGAAUACAUAUGUUGUCAACAUGUGGCGCUUCUACAACUACGGUCGCAUGAAGAGAACCACAGAUCACUACCUGCUGGUGUCCAACUCCAAUUACAUCAGCUGGUGGUCAGCAGCACAGAGCAUAGUCAUCCUCACGGCCGGAUACCUGCAGCUCUUCAUCAUCAAACAGUUCUUCCACACACAGACCAAUAAGCCACGCUGCUGAGGAGUCCAUUUAAACUCUCAUUACUGAUUUGGGGAUUUCAGAAACAACUACUUUCAUUCAAAUAUGAAUUGUACAUGUUUAAAAAGUAAGGUGCAGUGUUGUAUAUU